UGCCUUGCAUUCCAUGAUAUUUCACCUCAAGCUCCAACACAUUUCCUGGUGAUUCCUAAGAAGCCAAUUGUCAGAUUGUCUGACGCUGAAGAUUCUGAUGAAUCCCUUCUUGGGCAUUUAAUGAUUGUUGGCAAGAAGUGUGCUGCUAACCUGGGCCUGACCAAUGGAUUCCGGAUGGUUGUGAAUGAAGGGCCUGAGGGUGGGCAAUCUGUCUAUCAUGUACAUCUCCAUGUUCUGGGGGGUCGCCAGUUGGGCUGGCCGCCUGGCUAAGAUUUUUACACAACAAGAAUUAACUGCAUGCAUACAGAUUACCACCGAAUCGAUUAAAUAUGUUGCCCAUCAAUCUAGCCACUGUUAAUGUAUUUUUUUUUAAAUGUGUGUCUAAAAAAGGUAAUAAAUACUCUGAACAACAUUCGCACAAUAAAGAUUUAGCAUGUUGGAAUCA